AGAGAGAGAGAGAGAGAGAGAGAGAGAGAGAGAUAGGCCAUGGAAGCUAGAAACCUCCUCCGCUUUCUGGCUCUUUUUCUCAGUAUCGCUCUUGUCCUUAUCUUCACCUGGGUUCACCUACCCUCUACACCACCCAACCCGACUGAGCUUCUCGACUGCACCACCAACUCACCAUGGUGCACCUCCAAGAACCGCUUCCAACCCAAACAACCCAACCUCCUCAAAAAGUCACCGAAACCCACGCGCCGCCACAACCACGCCUCUGACAAACCUCACCACCCUCUAGACCCCCUGACCAUCCAAGAACUCAACGAACUCCGCUCCAUCCUCGCCUCCCACGCGCUCUUCAAGUCGUCAAGCUACGCGCUCCACUCCAUCGAACUGGAAGAGCCCGAGAAAUCCCUUGUCCUGAAGUGGAAAAAAGGCGACCCCUUGUUACCCAGAAAGGCCACCGUGGUCGCACGUGUGGACGGCAAGUCACACGUGUUAACUGUCCACCUCGGCACCCGCGAAGUCACCGUUCACGAAACCAGCUCUCACUCCGGUUACCCCACGAUGACGAUCGAGGACAUGACCACUGCCACGCUGGCACCACUCGCUAACGCGGACUUCAACCGCACGAUCAUCCAGCGUGGGGUUGAUCUAACGGACCUCGCCUGUUUGCCGAUUUCGACCGGCUGGUACGGCGAGUCCGAGGAAACCAGGAGGUUGAUUAAAGUACAGUGCUAUUCCAGGAAGGGCACUGCAAACUUUUACAUGAGACCAAUCGAAGGGUUGACUGUGCUCGUUGACUUAGACACGAAACAAGUGGUGGAGAUUUCAGACAAAGGCAAGAACAUACCGAUUCCAAAAUCGGCAAACACAGAUUACCGUUACUCAGCUCAGGAGCUCCAUCAAGUAAUAAACUUAUUCAACCCGAUAUCCAUUGAGCAACCCAAGGGUCCGAGUUUUACUAUUGAAGAUGAGCACUUGGUGAAAUGGGCAAACUGGGAAUUUCACCUGAAACCCGAUGCAAGAGCCGGUGCGAUAGUUUCUCGGGCCAAGGUCCGAGACCCGGAUACAGGGGAGCUCAGAAAUGUGAUGUACAAAGGUUUCACAUCUGAGUUGUUUGUGCCUUACAUGGACCCCACCGAUGCAUGGUACUUUAAAACGUAUAUGGAUGCUGGCGAAUACGGGUUCGGGUUGCAAGCCAUGGCACUUGACCCGCUUAAUGAUUGUCCGCGGAACGCGUAUUAUAUGGACGGUGUGUUUGUGGCUGCUGAUGGAACACCGUACGUCCGAUCAAACAUGAUUUGUGUGUUCGAGAAAUAUGCGGGUGAUAUUGGAUGGCGUCACUCAGAGAGUCCCAUCACUGGCAUGGAGAUUAGAGAAGCAAGGCCAAAGGUGACGUUGGUGGUUAGAAUGGCAGCAUCGGUCGCUAACUAUGAUUAUAUUGUUGAUUGGGAGUUCCAAACUGAUGGGCUAAUCAGAAUUAAGGUUGGACUUAGCGGUAUUUUGAUGGUGAAAGGUACCACCUACGACAACAUAAACCAGAUUCCCAACCAAGAAAAUCUAUACGGUACCCUUUUGUCCGAAAAUGUUAUAGGUGUUAUCCAUGACCACUACAUCACAUUCUAUCUAGAUAUGGACAUCGAUGGCUCAGAUAAUUCCUUUGUUAAUGUAAACAUUAAGAAGCAGCAGACCUCACCCGGUGAGUCACCUAGGAGGAGCUACUUGAAAGCCAUAAGAAAUGUGGCUAAGACAGAGAAGGAUGCACAAAUUAAGCUUAAACUCUAUGACCCGUCCGAGUUCCACGUGAUUAACCCGUCGAAGAAGACACGGGUCGGGAACCCGGUUGGGUAUAAGGUGGUUCCUGGUGGCACAGCUGCUAGUAUGCUUGAUCUUGAUGACCCUCCCCAGAAGCGUGGUGCCUUUACAAACAACCAAAUAUGGGUCACUCCCUAUAACCAGAGUGAGCAAUGGGCAGGCGGCUUGUUUGUUUACCAGAGCCAAGGAGAAGACACUCUUGCAACAUGGUCCGAAAGGGAUAGACCAAUUGAAAAUAAGGACAUUGUGCUAUGGUACACGCUAGGCUUCCAUCAUAUACCAUGUCAAGAGGAUUUCCCUAUAAUGCCAACAGUUUCAUCAAGCUUUGAUCUAAAGCCCGUCAAUUUCUUUGAGAGCAACCCUAUUCUUCGGAUCCCACCUAAUCUUGAGAAAGACCUCCCUGUUUGCGAGCCUGCUGAUUCAGUUUGAAGAAGUAUUCCUAAUUCUUCAUUAUAGGGUCUGCAAAUAUGAAGCGGCAUAUUUGUACCUUAAUCCAUAUAUAUGUACAUAUUUUCAAAGUUUGACGAACAAAUGGUAAUUAUGUUUAAAACGAGCAAUAUCAGUAUCUUUAAAGGAAAUGUGAGUUUUUGAAAA